AUGCCUGAAGAACCUAAUAUUGAAGUUGAAGAACCUAAUAUUGAAGUUGAAGAACCUAAUAUUGAAGUUGAAGAACCCCCACCAAAGCAGAAAAAUACUAGGGGUAGAACCAAAAGACUAGAUAUAACGAGGCUGGCAAGCGAGGGCAAAAAAUUAGAAAUUGAGUACAACAACCUCGGACAACAAUGGGGAAAAGCAGCAACUGAUUUAGUUUCCCGGAUUGGGGUGUGGGUUCGAAUUAACAUACCACUUGUGAAUAAAAAGUGGCCACAAAUUGAUAAGGAGCUGAAGAACAGAUUAUGGAAUGAUGUUAAGGGUAAGUUCGAGCUGGAAGAGGAGGCAAAGAGACGAACAAUUCAAAAAGCUGGGGAGAGAUGGCGGGAUUGGAAAAACACCUUAACAAAAGGUAUUUACAAGGUUAAAGAUGUGGCUCCACAACUUCUUGAGAAGCCACCGAGAUUGUACGAAGACAUAAUCGAUGAGACCGAGUGGACAGAGUUUGUGGCUUCAAGAUUAACUAAAGAAUGGGGGGUGACGAGAAAGAAGGCCCAAGCUAGCAGGGCAAAAAAUAUUUACCCCCACCGCUCUGGACGAGGUGGUGCGAGGAUGGUGGAGUUACAGAUGGAGAAAGAGUUAGGCCACCAAUUGGUCAAAAUUGAUAGAGCCGAUUUAUGGAAGAGACUUCGCACAAACAGUAAAGGCGAGUUGGAAGGCCCAGCUGUGGAAGUUGCCCAACGCAUUGAUGACUUGCGAAAGCAACUCGAAGAGGGAACAAUAAGUGUGGAAGGGAAGAAUGACAUCUUGACCAUGGCCCUUGGGACAGAUGAACAUGGUGGUCGAGUCCGGGGCUUGGGUUAUGGUGUCACUCAAACCCAAUUUUUCCACACUCCACGCCCUACAAAGAGGAAGAAUAAAGAUGAGGAUAAUGAAGCAUUGUCAGAUAUGGAUAAGCGACUCCGUGAGACAGAGGAGAGUAAUAGACAGCUUAAAGAACAAAUGGCUGAACUCCUGCGUAUAGUUCGUUCCCAGCAUAGUGGUGUUGCGGGUACAUCACAUGCGUCUGGUUCGGGUGUUGGAGGAGAAUCAAACAAACUAGCCCGUGAUGAUGACAUUGUUUCUGCUCCUGAAGCACAACCACAAAGUCCUGUCCAUGUCUCUGCUCCACGACAACCGAGUACACUGCAUGCUGAGAAGGUAACCGCUCCACCAGCUCCACCGCCACAUACCGAUGGCAUUUCAGAAAAGAAAUAUCCAUGUUGGCUGCAUGUUCGGUUGGAGCCUAGUGGAUUGUCAUUGAAAGUUGCGAAGGGAUUCAUGGUGAAGGAGCAAUAUUUGAAGAAUGGCAAGUUCUCAGUCCAGGGUUCUGAUUUCCUCUACAAGGAUUAUCGUCGGGUUUUCAUCGAUGAAGUCUAUGUAGAAAAUGCCCGUCUUCCAUGUCCCGUCGUUCAAAAUGGAUACACCACUGUAGGUCAUGCUGUAGGACUUUAUGUAGCAUGGCUAAAGGACUACAUUACGCCAGUUGGAGUAGAGUUGACGCAACGCCCCAAUAACCAAAUGCAGAAGAAGCAACCUGUGAGUGGAAAAGGACAAGUAUCUGAAGAAUUACUUGGUCCUCGAACACAGCCUCAAAAAAUACCAGAGAGGCCAAGUAAAAAGGGUCGCUACGUUGCACCAAAAAGGACUUCAAUAAUCAACAACUUUUUUAAGUUACUCAACAUGUGGCCAAAAACAACAACAAUCCACUUUGAGGCCAGCAAGGAUUUAUUUGGGGUUGAAAACGACUCGAUAUGGCUUCCAACAAUUGACAUCAAGGAAUUGUGCCAAAUGGGAUUUUUAGGAGCCCAACCUAUUGCAAUCUGGUGCAAGUUUUUGAAGGAACGGUUGCUAGAUGUUAAUGGAUUAAGCAGACUAUAUGCAUUUUUAAAUCCUGGGGCCAUUGCCUCUGAUGCUGGGGAUUAUAAUGCCCGUUCUCGAGCACUGCGCAAACGUAUUCUUGAAAUUGAUAAUCCGGCUAAAUGGAUUAUUGCCCCCUACAACAAUUAGUAAGUAAAUUUAAAAUUUAUAGUUUCAUAAUUUAUAACUCUACAUAAUUUAUGGUUAAUCUAACAUGUUUGUUUGUGUAGUAAUAUGUAUCAUUGGAUGGUUGUACUUAUCCAACCAAGUACACAUACAGUAGCGUACUUGGAUUCCAACAAUGGAUAUGUACCAGAAGAUUUAAAAUACAUUGUUAACACGUCGCUCAACAUAGUUAAUAAAAGCUUAACUAACCGCAAUGAUCGUCCCAUUGAGUGGAUAACUCCGAUAUGUCCACAACAACCAGACGGGAAGCAAUGUGGAUAUUAUGUCAUGAAAUUUAUUGAGAGUUUCAUGAACGAAGAAGAUCCAAUACGCCGAGUGAGAGAAAUGGGUAAGAGCGAUCCGUACUCAAAUGACGAGAUGAAUAUUUUGCGUGAUCAGUGGAUUGAAUAUGUUCGAGCACAAGCAGUGCGACAAGGGCUUUUACAAUGAUCAGUUUCUAUUUUUGUUUAUACUUUAUCCUAACUAAUUAGUGACAAUAUACAGUAAAAAUUAAUUAAUGUAGGGAAAAUUUUACUAUGUAAAACAGGAUCUGUUUAACUUUCACUAAUGACAAUAUAUAAACUUUAUCCUAAUUAUU